CAGAUUCAAGACCCCACCGUGCCAGCCAGCCGGUCCCCAACUUUCCUCGCAACAGUAGCCAACCUUUUGAAUAUGGCAGUCGACAAGAAGAGAAAACGGCCUGGGGGACACGGCAAGCGGCCGCAGACCCCCGUUGCCGGCGCCAAGCGCCAGAAAACGAGCAACGGGAAGCGGGUGACCAGUGUCGACUCGCUCGCCUGGAAGUCGGUCGACGUGCCGGAAAUGUUCGAUGACGCCGAAGGCUUCUACGGCCUGGAGGAGGUGGAGGGCGUUGACGUUGUGCGCGAGGGGAACACCGUCAAAUUCUUGGCCGCCCCCGCCGAGUCGGACCAGAGUACAGACGGAAACAACGAAGACAACGAGGAGUUCGAGGGAUUUGACGACACUCCGACCGGCAAUGGCGCGCCUGGGGCGCCGUCCGAGUCGGCACAGCUCGGCGCAUCCGCAGCUUCAAAUGUCCAGUCUGAAGCGCCUCCUUCCAAGGCUCAGAAACGGACAGAGAAAGAGCACAAGGAGAAGGGAAAGAAGCAAAAGGGGAGUAAAUCGGGUAGUUCAUUGCCGGCCGAGAACGACCCCGAACUAGAAGUGAACGUCUUCGCCCAAGCCGCAGCCCUCGCCGAGGCCGGGGCAGAGGACGACGACGUCGACAUGUCCCACUGGGUUCCGCUCGGCCUCUCACAGCAGAUGCUCAGCGCGAUUGCCCGCCUUAAAUUUGCCAAGCCGACGGCAAUCCAAGCCAGUGCCAUCCCCGAAGUCAUGAACGGGCACGAUGUCAUUGGGAAAGCCGUCACCGGCUCCGGAAAGACUCUGGCCUUCGGAAUUCCCAUCGUCGAGAGCUGGCUAGCCAAGGCGACCAAUGGUAUCCAGACCGCCGAAAAGAAGCAGCCGAUCGCCUUGAUUCUGUCGCCAACCAGAGAACUUGCCCACCAGAUUGCUGACCACCUCAAGCAACUCUGCGCUGGCCUGGUGACUUCGCCUUACAUCUGCUCUGUCACGGGCGGACUGGCGGUCCAGAAGCAGCAGAGACAGCUGGAGAAGGCAGAUAUCGUCAUCGGAACCCCCGGGAGAAUGUGGGAGGUCAUGAGCACAAGCAAUUCAGUGCUCACGGCGCUAAGGGGUGUCGGCUUCCUUGUUGUGGAUGAGGCAGACCGCCUUCUCAAGGACGGUCACUUUAAGGAAGCCGAAGAGAUCCUGAAGGCUCUUGAUCGGACUGCGCCAGGCGAUGACGAGGAAGGUUCCGACGACGAGGACGAGGCCCCACGUCACAGCCGCCAGACCCUAGUCUUCUCAGCUACUUUCAACAAGGCCCUCCAGCAAAAACUCGCCGGCAAGGCCCGGUACAAUCUUAUGGGCGAGGCCGAGUCCUUAGAGUACUUGCUUAAGAAGCUCAACUUCAGGGAGCCUCGCCCCAAAUUCCUCGAUACCAACCCGGUUUCGCAGAUGGCCGAGAACCUCAAGGAAGGCCUGAUUCAGUGCGGCGACCUGGAGAAAGACCUCUACUUAUACGCCGUGUUGCUCCUCCAGCCGUCCCGCCGCGCCCUCAUCUUCACCAACUCCAUCAACACGGUCCGCCGCCUGACGUCCUUCCUGCAGAACCUCAACCUCUCGGCCUCCGCUCUGCACUCCGACAUGGAGCAAAAAGCACGUCUCCGCUCCAUCGAGCGCUUCAAGGCCGAAAAGCCCAGCGCGAACGACAAGGGUACUGGCAAAAGCCCGGCCGCCGCCUCUUCGAUCCUCGUCGCCACCGACGUGGCCGCCCGCGGGCUCGACAUCCCCAACGUCGACCUCGUCAUCCACUAUCACGUGCCGCGCUCCGCAGACGACUACGUACACCGCUCCGGCCGCACCGCGCGCGCCGCCAACUCGGGCGUCUCGGUGCUGCUGUGCGGGCCGAAAGAAGCCGUGCCGACGCAGCGCCUGAUCGCCAAGGUGCACGCCGCUGCCGCGGCGGCCAGCAAUAGGCCCACGUCAAAGCUGACGAAGGCCGGCGUCGGCGUGCAGACGAUCGACCUCGACCGGCGGCUGGUGUCGCACCUGCGCCCGCGGGUGACGCUGGCCAAGAAGAUUACGGAGACGACGCUGGCGAAGGAGAAGGGCGCGAAGGAGGACGACUGGAUGAGGGCCGCAGCCGAGGAGCUCGGCGUCGAGUACGACCCGGAGGAGCUGGACCAGGUCGGCUCGUGGAAGGGCCGCGGCAGCGGGCGGAAGCAGCGCGAGAAGGAGGCCCGGGCCGUCACCAAGGCGGAGGUCAAGCAGUGGCGGUGGGAGCUGAAAGAGCUGCUCAGCAAGAGGGUGAACACGGGCGUCAGCGAGAAGUACCUCGGGGGAGUGGAUGUGGACGGGUUGUUGAAGGGCGCGAGAGGGGAGUUUUUGGGGCAGGUUGACGGGCUGGGAUUGUAGGCCGGCCAACGAGGAUUUCCACCGGUUGUGCCGACGCAAUUCUAUCGUUAUUGCAAGUACAUACACGUUCCCGCCUCGCCAAGCGAUAUCUCCCCCCUUGGUGGCAUGAACACCAGGACGCUACAACCACACCUUCCCUCCCUGGAUCUCCGGUCCUCCACCACGGGAUACCAGCACCCGCGUGCAGAGAGGUAGAAUCCCUUGACUUUUCCCAGCUACCUAGCUCCCC